UAGUCCAAACUCUACAUGACGUCAGGUGGGCUGGACGAGAGCCUCCCCGGUAUAAAGAUUGAGCUGCCCUCAAUGUUCAUUCAUAACGCCGUCCUGGAUUGUCACGCGGUACAGAAGAGGCUCCUUUACCGGGGACUUCGGAAGAAGUUACAAGGAAUACUUGGGACAUUCAAUCCCGUAAUUUAUUGCCAGAGUACAGAGACGAACACCUUAGACGCCGCUAAAACAAUGAAAAUGUCUGCGUCGGAGACCUCCAAGGUCCUUAAGGAGGGAGAGCUGGAGAAGAGGAGCGACAAUCUGCUUCAGUUUUGGAGGAGGAAGACCUGCGUUCUGACCGCAGACAGUCUCAACAUUUAUGCCGAUACACAGAAGAAGACCAAAGGCAAGGAGCUUCAACUUCAGUCCAUCAAGAAAGUGGACUGCGUGGAGCGAACGGGGAAAUUUGUCUACUUCACCAUUGUUACCAUGGAUAAUAAGGAGAUUGACUUCAGGUGCUCUGGCGACGAUAACUGUUGGAAUGCGGUCAUUACAAUGGCACUGAUUGACUUCCAGAACAGAAAAGCCAUCGAGGACUUUAAAACACGACAGGACCCAGAAAACACGAUCCCGUCACAGCAAGAGAGGCAAAUGGUCCGAGCACCAUGAAUAACUUCCCACGGACUGCUUAAUUUAUACAUGUUAAAAGACAGAACUGGACCAUGAUGGAAAAACUGGACCAAUCGGAAUCUUCUUCACUCAGCCUGAAGAUGGCUAGUUCUUUAUGGUCGCACGCCAAGAACGUCCCGGAGGUCCUGAACAAGAGACGAAGGAAGAAGCAAGCACAAGCAACCGUCAAGACUGAAUCUUUGAACUUUUUAAGUAUUUUAAUGCUUUUAUCGAGGGUCACUUCCCAUGCAUCGAAACCCCCACAUGUAAAAGCACUGCAUCAUCCGUUGCCUAAGUUAUUUUCAUGUACCAUUGUAUGUAUUUAUUUAAAUAAAUAUUUGUGAGUUUGAAAUGAA